CGUGCGGCGGCUGAGGCCAGGGCCUCUCAAGGACCACCUGGCUGCCAAAGCGCCACUCUGUGUGCUGGGCGCUUGUCACCAGAGCCGGGCUAGAAACUGAGGCCCGAAGACGCCAAGGAACCGGCGUGGGGUGGAGCGAAGCGGACAAGACGCAGCAUCCCUCCAGCCCGGGCGUUCGCCCCACAGCCGGGCCUGGAGCGGGCGCCUGUACCUGUUUAGGAAGAUCCUAGGCCACUCGGGGGCGAGGGGUGGGGCUCGCAGAGGGAGGACGGUGGUUCACCAGCGCAUUCCGGAGGGGUGGGGCCAAAGGUUGGGCGUUCCCGCGGGCGGGGCGUCCCGGGGGCGGGGCCCGGGCCCUGUGUUUGUUGCACCGUGUCAGUUACAUUGUAACAAAAGUGGUGCAGCCGCUGCUCCAGCCGGCAUCCCAGACCAGCCUUCCGCCAGCUGUCGCCGAUAUGGAACCCGUGACCAGUAACAUCCAGGUCCUGUUGCAGGCUGCCGAGUUCCUGGAGCGCCGUGAGAGAGAGGCUGAGCAUGGUUAUGCGUCCCUGUGCCCACACCGCAGUCCGGGUCCAAUCCACAGAAGGAAGAAGCGACCCCUCCAAACUCCUGAUGCGCUGGACAGUGGGCGGUCUGUGCACAAUGAGCUGGAGAAGCGCAGGAGGGCCCAGCUGAAACGAUGCCUGGAGCGGCUGAAGCAGCAGAUGCCCCUGGGGACUGACUGUGCCCGAUAUACCACACUGAGUCUGCUGCGCCGUGCCCGGAUGCACAUACAGAAGCUAGAGGAGCAGGAGCAGCGGGCCCAGCAGCUCAAGGAGAAGCUGCGCGGCGAGCAGCAGAGCCUGCAGCAGCAGCUAGAGCAGCUCCAGGGGCCGGUGGGGGCGGGCGAGCGCGAGCGGCUGCGCACGGACAGCCUCGACUCCUCAGGCCUCUCCUCUGAGCGCUCCGACUCCGACCAAGAGGAGCUGGAGGUGGACGUGGAGAGCCUGGUGUUUGGGGGUGAGGCCGAGCUGCUGCGGGGCUUCAGCACCGGCCAGGAGCACAGCUACUCGCACAGCACAGGCGCCUGGCUCUGAUGUGCCACCCCAGGGCGGGCCUCUGCCAUGACCACCCUCUGCUGGUGCCGGGCAGAUUCUGCCAGGCAGGAGCCCUCUCCAGGCCUCAAGGGCUGCUCAAGUGUCACCUGUUGAAAUGGACUGAAGGACCCUUGCGUGGGAACAGGUGCUUCUUUCAUACUGUGCUGCUGCCAGGCAGUCCCUCCAGGGGCACUGGGGGUAAGACAGGCUUACCCCCCACCCCCAGCCCUGCUGGGUGAGCAGCUAGAGCCUAAGCCACCUUUAUAGGCAUUUUUUUUUUUUUUUUUUUUUUAGCACAUGGCUCUUCUGCCCCCGUGGGGAGUGGGAAACCUCUUGAUCCCUCUAGUCCCUUCCUGGACAAGAUCCCCUGGCCUUUGCCCCACAUAGACUUUUAAGUAUUUUCAUUAAAAGCCUCUUUCAUAACUUCCCCGCCCAUGGUCUUGCCUGAUGAAAAUAGGGGAACUUUCAACCACAAACUGAGAAAGAAGAAAUAAGCCACUGACACCACUACCAGGCAGACAGUGCACAUUCAGUCCCCACUUGGAGGCUGUCUCCACAGAAGGUGGAACCAGGGCUAAGUGAUGUUGACUUGUCUGAGGUCCAAAGCCAGUUAACAGUGGAGUCUAGAUUCAAACGAAGACCUUCUGACUCCAGAGCUGGGGCUGAUUGAAUUCAACAAAUAUUUAUUGAGUGCCUAUUAUGUGCUAGAUAUUGUUCCAGGUACUUGGGACACAUAAGAGAACAAAACAAAGAGCCCUGCUCUCAUGGAGCUUACAGUCUAGCAUUUAUUGCCACUUCACCUGCAUGUGGUCUGUGACCAGGGGUAAGUCACCAUAUCUCUGUCCUCAGCUGCCCAACAGGGGGUUAGUAGGCCUGGCUCAAGACAUGGAUAACAUGCCUGGUGUACUACAGAUGCCAAACUGGACACCCACCGCCCGGAUAGAGAAUAGGGCUGGAAGUUGAUUUUUAAUAACAGA